AUGUCAAGCAGCAAUCUCCGUCCCAAACAAAGCUCUGUAAGUGGCUCGUUCUAUAAUUGGUUUGAUCUACACAUAAGAGGCGGAGUUCGACCGAUGACUUGACAUUCAAAUUCUGAACAAACUAUAAACGCCGACUGUGGCAUUCAAGUUCUGAAAAAAACUAUAAACGCCGACUGUUCGGAAAAAUAACAUUCCAAAAUUUAAAAAAACACAUUAUUAAGUGAAAGGUAAAUCAGUGUGACCAGUUUAGUGACCGCCUGGUAUUACUAUUUAAAAAAAGAUGAAUGCUUGAAAAAAAUCAGUUAUAUCAACUUCAAAUAAUCCGAAAGGACAAAAAUUUGAUAACCGCGCGCAUUUUUCUUGAUGUUAGAAAGAGAGCGCAAUUUCCUGUACAAAAUUUGAAAAAAAGAGUGCGCAUUUUUCCUUACGUGCGCAUCGAGAAAAGAGUGCGCACAGCGCGCACUUUCCAGCAUGCCAUUACUAAUUUAUAAACAUUAAAUAAAAAUAAAAGACAAUGUUUCUCAUCAUGACAUGUAGUUUUGUUUACUCACCGAGACAUUGAAAACUAUCUUAAUUUCCAAAAUUUUCGUUUUUUUUUCUUACUCUCAUCUUUUAUAUUAUUUUCAAAUGUUCGACCGAAUCCUCAUGUUGUUGCAGCGACGGUGCAACAACUUUUUCAGGCAACAACGUCUACGGAGUGACGCUCGACCAUGCCGGCGAGGUCAUCGAAUCGUUCACGACGGCGAUUUUGCCUUUCUACCUCGUCGUUUCCAACUCUUCCUCCGAAGUCAUCUUUCAAUGGCUUCAAGAGGCUCGGAAAAUCUUUGCCGAACCUCGAUUCGCUGAGCUUUUUGUGGUCAGAUUUUCAAAGAAAACAAAAUGAUUUUUCUCAAAUUGAAGAUCGAAGCAACUGGAGAUUCCCUUGUGAGUUCUGAAGUAAGGAGGAUGGGAUUUGAGACGGCGCCGCUUAUCGUGGCUUCUGUCGCUCUUAUUACCGUAUUUGUCGUCGCUUUUUCUUUUAGGUACAGUUAAAGUUGUCCUAAAAUGUCCAGGAACUGGGAAAUCGAUAGUUUAUCUUUUUAGAUUUGGAGUGACCAUUGGAAAGGGAAAACGGAACUUUUAUGAACUUUCAUUUCUGAAUGGUCGACCUUUUAAUUAAAUUUUGGUUCUUUAAAGUUUACUGUAAGGAUGUCUGAUUAACCUAGAGAUCUUACAAGACGACUGAAAAGCAAAAAGCAGAAAAUUUUUUUAUUUCUUGGGUCCAAUAUACAAGCCUAGUUCCAGAAAAACAAAUUCCAAAACUUAUACAUUUUUACUUAUUCGUAUACUUCUCCAACUUUAAUGUUUCAUACACUUUUUUGAACGGACAACAUGAUUUUCGUGGUGAGAAAGUCAUUAGAAAUGUUUUUGUUGAUUUCAGGAGCUUUACCAUUCUUUUUCAGGCUUGGAAGAAGUUUAGGAACCUUUUUCAGACAACAAAGAAUCCGGUCGAAGCCUUGGGAAUCCUUUAUUGGCUGUAUCAUUCCAUUGCUCGCCUUGGUUUCUUCUACCGGCCUUUUGUCGUUUUUCGGCUUCAAGUUUCAGGUUUCAGAGCCCAUUUUUGGAAUUCAGUUGAUUUUAUAGAGAAAAAUAGUCUGGUGUAAUUUUUUUCUAGGUGAUAUUUUUACUUAGUAAACAUUGUAAGAAAAGUUUCAGAAACCCAAAUAAAAUUUUUUUAAAUGUAGUUUUUUGCCGUGGAAUCUUUGAGCUAUGAAAGUAUUUGCCUUUCCUUUUUUGUAUUUUAAUGAGAAAAAGAGGUUUCUAAACGUAAAUUUUGGAUUCAGCUUCAUUUUAGAUUUUAAAAAAUCGAUUUGCAGUCCAUAAUCGUGGCGGCACUGUUCCUGGUCCUUUCCGUCGGCGUCGACGACGUCUUCAUCAUUUUGCGGGCCUGGGACCGAACUGACACCAGCCGUGGUGUUGAUCAUCGGAUGGCUGAAACCCUUGAAGAAGCCGGACCGAGCAUCACAAUCAGGUAAUAAUUGAGCGCCUGGAAAUCCUUAGACUGUUAUUUCGCGAUGUUCGAAAUGAUCCUUUUUCUAUUGUUUCAUUCAAGGACUAACCCGGAAAACGAAUUUGAACCAGGCAUACAACUUUAAAAUGGAACUAAACCAUGAAUCGGGAGCUGAAAAUCACUAAUUUUCGGACAUAGCACGUAAAAUUUUUAGUGACCCCUCUAGUAGCUUCAGCGCUCUUUAGUGAUCUCUAGAAUCCUUCAGAAACCUCCGGUUCGGGAUACCGAGGUCCUAGUUGAAGAGUAGAGCCGGACGCACUUUCUAGAAAUUCCAUAGUGGUCCCUAUAGGGGUUAGGGGGAAAAGUAGCCUCUAUAGGGGCCGAAAAGUGGUCCCUCUAGGGGUGAAAUCAAGGCGGUCCCUAUAGGAGUUCAGAGUCUGACCCCUUAUCUGCUAAACGCUCAAGUGGACCCUAUAGGGUUCCUUCAACUUCAUUGAAAAUUAUUUAUUUAAUUUUCGCAUGGUAAUGCUUCUUUGCAUAGAUUACAUAAAAACUAUCGAUCAGUAUGUCUCCUAUAGUGACCACUUUUGCAAGCUUUAAGGGCCCCUUAUAGGGGUUUUCAAAUAGGUCCCUAAGGUUGCCUUCAUAGGGACCCCUCUGGAGUUCCUGAGUUCAGUGGAUUGUUAGUGAAGUAAAGUUGGAAUCGAAUAUAAUUUGCAGCUCGCUGACCAACGCGAUGUCGUUCUUCAUCGGCAUGACCUCGCAAACGCCGGCCGUCCGGAGCUUCUCCUUUUUCUCGGCCGUCGCCAUCAUCAUCUGCUACCUCUACCAGCUCGUCAUGUUCUCGGCGGUCUUGGCGUUGAGUGGUCGACGGGAAAAAGCCGGAAACUCGUCGAUUUUUUGCUGUUUGAAGGCCACUCCGCAGGUAAUUCAUUGUUCUUCAGAUCUUGCCAAGAGGAUAAUUUCCAAAAAGAGCGAAAAAAAAGUCAAAGUUUAGCUAAUUAGCUUGAACUACUGAAAAAUGGUCCUGACACGACAACAAAAGAGAUAGUGCCUGCCUGGUGGAGGUUGCAGACAAGCCAGGUCCCUUGCGAAGCUGGCUGAAAAUCGGUUAUAGGCUGAUGAAAGAACGCAAGAAAUCAGUGAAAAAUAAUUUUUCCAGCUUCCAAGAAAUUUUAGAAAAACCCUGGAGAGUCCAAAUCGUACACAAAUUGUAGAUUUUUUAAAAAUGGGCUAAAUUUUUAGGACGAAACUUUCCAUAAAUUUGAGCUUUCCUAAGAACUAUGUUCAGAAUCCCUUACACGAAACGUAGUGCAAUGCAGCAUGAAAUAAUUUUUCAACCUCUGAGAAGCCCUGGGGAAAGUCGAUUGAUUAGGAGGAGUAACUUUUCCCAAAUUAGAGCUUUCUAAGGAAUCAUGUACAGCAUUCCUAUCCAUGGAACGUAGUGUAUUGUUCCGCGAGUUCAAAAAAAAAAGAAGAGGAAGUCAAUGUCAUGAACCUGACCGAUUGGGUCGUUUACGGGGGUGAAGCUUGUUCCUCAAGGUUGUCGCCGAAAUAGCGAACACUAUAAAUCUCCCAAGGAAUGUAACUUUUUUCCACAGACGGACUCUGGAUUUUUUUUCUUACUGUUGUUCGUAGAACUGGUAUAUUGAUCAUUGAUAAAUUUGAAAGGUGAGUGAUCAUUUUUAUAUAGGGGUCGAUUAUUGAGUUAAAUAAGGUUGAAAUUUCUUUUUGGAGAAGAAUAAAAUAAUUUGUCACUAUUAAUCAAAUUAACGAUAAGUUAUUCACCGGAAAAGUGGUCACUAUAGGGGUUUAAGGCCUGACCCCUUAGCCCCUAAGCUCCAGUGGGCCCUAUAGGGGUCUUUCAAUCUCAUUCAAAAAACGCUUACUUGUUCAAUUUUUCCCAUGGAAAUGCUUCUUCACCUAGAGUUUAUAAAAUUAUCCCUAGGGGGGACCCUCCAAGGACCACUAAGGCUCUCAUAUUGGGACCACUUUUGCAAGCUUUAGUGGCCCCUGUAGGGUUGGUAAAGGGCUUCUAAGGUUGCCUCUAUAGUGACCACUCUGGAGUUCGUUUGAACCAAUAUUUUUCAUUUUGCCAACUAAUUCACCUUUCUUGGAAGCCCAUGAUCAGACAUGAAAUACCUCUUCUAAUCACACUGAAUUGAUUCCUAAUUUGGAAGUCUAUGAUCCCUUCUAGCAUUUUUUUUUCAUAUCACGCAAGGCGUUUCGAGUUAGGAAUGUUCGGAAAGCGAAGUAAUUCUAGAACGAAAAAAUUUAUCUUAAAUCUGAAUAUUUAAACAAAUUUUAAUAUCUGUUCGCAGUGCAAGAAAUGAACUCUAUAAACUUGAUACUGUGAAAAACCACUUCACUGUAUCUAAGGCUGUUGUUUAUCAACUUCGAGUUGAUUAUUUAUUAUUGAGACUUCAGCCAUUACACCGGAUAAUCAUAUAUGUAUUAUUCUAAAAAGUUGUAUUUGCGCUGAAUUUCGGUUUUUUUUUCGAUAAUUGGUGGAAAUUUUUUCCAGGGAAAAUGCGCGUUGGUCAAAAGUAUUGUCCAGCUGCAAACUGCCUUCAUCAGAGAGUUCUCCAAGUUUCUCAUCACUUGGACGGCGAGGUGAAUUUGUGGAAAAAAAGGCGACUUGAAAAAUAAUAAACGGAAUUUUAGAGCGUUUUAGCGCAUAUUGUUUGCCACGACUUGAUAUUUCAAGGAACGACAUUUCGCUGUUCCGCUGCGUGCGUUCGCGAAGCGUCUUUUGGAUCUAGGUCACGCUUUGAAUUAAUUUUUUUUGCUGUGGUAGCACAGGGAAGUAGGGUACCAAAAAAAAAAAAUUAAAAGUGCUACCAAGGUUCGCAAAGGCGCGCAGCGGCACAGUGCAAUGUCGUUCGGUAAAAUUCCAAGUCGUGGUACACAGGCUAUAUCAAGAAAUAAAUAAAAAAAUUUUCAGAAUCUCUCUGAUCGCGAUCAUGUGCCUGUACUACUACAUCAGCUUCAUCGGCAUCUACCAAAUGCGGACUUUCAUCUCGUUGGAAAAGAUGGCCUUGCCCGACUCUUACCUGCAGACAUUCCAAAACACUUUCGAGACGUCGCUGAAAAGCAUGCAGCCGAUCAGCGUUUUCGUCAUGAAUCCAGGCGAUUUGAGACAACCUGAGCGGAUGCAAGGCGAGUAAAUUGUGAUAAAGUCCAUUCACCGCGACUUGAAAGUGUCUGCGUUUCUCUGUUCCCUCCUCAGUGAGGUCAGAGAAACAGAAAAUAGUACGUAAAGAUGAGAGAGACGUCGAGAGACGAGGUCCCGUCGUUUCAAGUCGUCAAAAACGGACUAUAACCUAGUGAUCGAUUGAAAAAUUACUCUGAGGGAAGCAAAAAUAAGCAAAGGUAGCUCUCAAAAACGUUACAAGGCGUCAGAGAGCUUGAAAAUAUUGAAAACACGAAUUCAAGUGAGGGCGAAAAUAAAAAAAUAUCCUCUUGAUUUUUUCCUGUUUCUAUCCAUGUAUUUAACGUGGAAGGCGUUUCUUUUCAAUAGUUGUUCGUUGAUUGAGCGCAUGCUGGAAAAGUCGGUCGGUCGGUUAGUUUGGAAAACUAGGCCACGCCGCAAUUUUGCUCCAUGGAACACUUAGAAUCUCAAUCUUUUUUUUUCUUUUCUGAAUUUUUCUUCCUUUUUAAAUUUUACCAAGGUUCUCCCUUUUUCUCGUUCAAGUUUAUCGUUUUCGCGAGCAGAAUACGAUUGUUACUACAUUGAAAAAUUAUAAAAUGAUGCAAUUUUUUUAAAAAAAUUCUUAUAUAUCUUUUUGGGUCCAAAAUAACUUUAUAUAACCAUAUGAGCGAAAUUAAAAAUCAUAAGUUAUCGAAAAAUGAGAUAAUGUGUAAAAAUACACACAAAAAAAGCUAGAGACAAAAUUGCCUCCAACAAAAAUUAAAACAUUACCUAGGGAAACUAUGAUAAACAGGGAACAGUUUAGUUUGAAGUGAGGAGCAUGUGAAAUAUCUUAGAAAACUGAUAAAAAAAGGAAGGAAAACUAUAGAAAAAGAGAAAAAAGUCUGAAAUUCGAUUUUCCAUGAAGCAAAAUUGCGGCGUGGUCUGGUUUUUCCAAACCGACCGACCGACCGACUUUUCCAGUAUACCUAUUGAAAAAGUCAUUUCUGCUUUUGGGCGUUCAUGGCUUGGAAGGCAGGGCGGCCAGUGGGCAGCCAUCCUCCACCUCUGGUUGAAAGAGUCUAGUUAUUAUUUUCACUAUUCAUGUCGUUUUACAAUUAACUUGCGGGAAAUUGAAAAUUUUUACCGAAUCCCCGAGUUUUAGAUAUAUUUUCCACUCUCUAAAUUUUUUUGAAUGUUGAGGCAUCACAUGAAAAAAUUUAAUUUUCAAAGACUCUUCUUUUUAUUUUUUUAAAAACAUUUUCUGAGUCCGCAAUCGUUGUUCAAUAAGUCCCGGCGGGACAGCCAGAUUUGAGAAAUAAGGCGGGCCCGUUGGUAGUACCAGCGAAUGAACUGCUUCACCAAAUUGGAACAGUACAGCGCCCAGCUUGAAAUUGAAAUAGAAAUUUUGUGAGUAAUUUUUGAACUGAAAACGACUCUUUUUUAAAAAUCAUAAGCAGAGUAGGGAAGGGCGGAAAAAAGAUUCCAUAAAAAUUGGUGAGAAAGGUUCCUUUUUAGCUGCCUUUUUGCGCCCUUUUAUCGACUCUUUUGCACCAUUUCGGCUGACUCUCCCUUUCUCUCUUUUCCUACAAUUUGAGUCUUUAAAAACACAAAAAAAUGGAAGGCUCGAUAAAGGGACCCUUUUUGCGGCCUUUCUGCACCCUUUUUCGAGCCUCUCCCCGUUAGCGGCCGUUGUCCACCAUUCCGACGUUGCCCUACAAAUUUAACUGGCUCAUGAAGUUUCGGCUCAUUUUCACAUUCCUCAAAGUGAACUGCUCAACUUUUCAGGCGUGAAAAACAUUGUGGAGGAUUUCGAAAACGCCGUCUACAGCUACGGGCCCAACUCAACCUUCUUCUGGAUCCAGCCCUAUGAGGAGUUCUUGAUGGUUUUUUCAACCCUCAAAUUAUUGAGAAGAAUUGUCUUUUCUUCAGUUCUACGGCGAGUCGGAGGAGUUCACCUACGCCGAGAUCCCGACGUUUUUCAAAAGCGCCACUUAUUUCUAUCUGACGUCGUUCGUCAAGUUCAACGAGACGGCCUGUUUGGACAAUGACCCGAGUUGUAUCACCUCGUUCUUCUUCAUGACCAACUUUCAUAAGGUUCGAAUUUCGUGGGCAAAAAAAAGGACUUUAAAAAGCCCAUUUCUUCAGAAAAAAAUACAAGACUCGAAAUUUUUCUAAAGGAAGUAAAAUCCAAAAAAAUUCAGAUCAGCGGGGGGUUAAAAUCAAAUGAUCGAAACGGUGGUCUCUAUAGGGGUGAAAUCGAGGUGGUCUCUACAGGGGUUUAGGCUCUUUUCUCCUUAGCCCCUAAAGCUUGAGUGGUCCCUAUAGGGGCUUCCCAAUUUCCUUCGAAAAACUCUUAAUUAUUUAUUUUUUGCAUGCAAACGCUUCUUCGCUUAGAAUUCAUAACAAUUAUCGACUGGCAUGUCCCCUAUAAGGACCACUUUUGCAAGCUUCAGCGGCCACUUCAGGGUUUAUGGGGAAAACAGCCGCUGUAGGAGCCCGAAAAGUGAUCCCUAUAGGGCUUUAGAAUCCCACCCCUUAGCCCCUAAAGCUUUAAGGCCCCUAAUGGGGUUUUUCAAUUUUAUUUUUAAAAAAAAACGCUAAUUCAUUCAGUUUUUCUCCAUGGAAAUGCUUCUUCGCAUAGAGUUCAUGAAAAUUAUCGACCCCGAUAGGGACCACUUUUGCAAGCUUUAGGGGCCCCUAUGAGGGUUGGUAAAAUGGUCCCUAUGACUGCCCCUAUACCGACCUUUCUUUUUCAGCACAUCAAGUACCACGAGCUGAUCCCGGCGCUGCAAGACUGGCGACGGAUCGCGGCCAAGUACGAGGACUACAACGUCUACGCCUACUCCGACCAUUCCCCAUUCGUCGACCAAGUUUCCCACAAAUGCUCAUUGUUCGUGUACCUGAAAUUUCGCAGACGAUGGCGAUCGACUCGACGAUUUGGUCGUCGGUGGCGGCGGCUCUGCUCUGCACGGCGAUCGCCUGCUUCAUGUUCAUCCCCAACACGACCUGCAUCAUUGCUUCUUGUUAUUCAGUCUUCUCCAUCACUAUUGGAAUCCUCGGCAUUCUAAGCUUAUGGGGUUGGAAAUCCGAAAAGAUAUAGAGAAAAGUGAAAAAGUCGUUUCCAGCCGUCGACCUCGACCCCCUCUCCAUGGCCGCCUUGCUCAUGGCCAUCGGCUUCUCCGUCGAUUUCUCUUCCCACAUUGCCUAUCAUUAUUAUAAAUCAAAACAGCCGGUAAUCAAACCGAUUCUUGAAUCUCAUGAAAUGUGAUCUCAGGAGCCGGUCCAUCGGAUCGAGGAGACUCUCACCUGCAUUGGAUGGCCAUUGGUUCAGGUAAAGAUUGGGUUUUGCGGGAUUUUUACUUUUGAUCUUUUGCUAUGUUAUAUUUCUGUAUCUUAUUUCUCUCAAAAAUCAUUAACUUGAAGCAUUCUUGUUGUCAGAAGCUUUGGUGGUGUGAAAAAAAGACUAGCGAAAAUUCAAACGGCGAUUUUUCCGAUUUUUCAUAUCUCUAGGGAACUUUCCGACGGCCACCUUUCCGCCGAAUCUUUUUUUUCUCGAUAAAAUCUUCGUUUUGAAUCUUCCUAUAUAAAGUGUGUAGUUUAUUCAUGAUUACAACACAAAGGAAUAGGAAAAAAAUGUUAAUAGAUGUUUUAUAAACCGAAAAAAACAAGGAAAAAAAAAGUCGGAAAGGGAUUCGGCGGGAAGGUGGCCGUCGGAAAGCUCCCUGGCGAUACAAAAAAAUCAAAAAAGUUGCCGUUUUAAUUUUCGCUGGUCUUUUUUUCAUACCAUAGAAGCUUUCUGUAAUUUUAAUUUUGAGGGAAACUCAUUUUUACUUGAGACAUUUUAUUGAGUAAGCACGGUGAACGUGUGUACAGGAAAAGUGACAAGGAGGUAAAAGAAAGUUUUUGAUACUCGUAAAACAAUGAUUUCAUUCAUGACGUCACUAGGAGGACAAAGUGCGCCCCAGCGCAAUAUUGACCUACUAUGCUCCAAAAAAAUGAAUAACUUUAGGUUGGCCUCUCCACAAUCGUGGCCGUGGCGCCGCUUCUCUUCAAGCAAUCCUACCUGGCCAUGGUUUUCCUGAAGACGAUCGUCGUGGUCGUUCUUCUCGGCAUGUUCCACGGCCUCGUCGUCCUUCCGGCCUUGUUGGCCGCUUUUACAAAGAGGAAACAAGGUAGGAAUGGAGAAAAAAUCAUUCUUAAACCCAAGGGAAAAGAUUAUUAUUUGAGAUUGCUUUUCUGUUAAGUCUACGUUCGAAUCUUGAACAAAAAAAGUCGUCUUAUCUUUCAUUUUUGAGCCCUCUCUAACUUUCGAAGUUUCGAACGAACUUGGUUAGAUUCAAAAAAACAUUCCGAUGUCUCCUUUUGUACGUAAUUGAACGAGUUUCUUUUUGACGUCACGGAAAUUGCACUAAAUUUCUGUGAUGACGUCAUUUAAUGCGCUUUUGGUCACGGAACAUAGUUUAACCUCAACAGCUUGAUCUUUAAACUGUCUGCUUCUUUGAAAAAGUCCAUAUGAACUUUUGACAAUGACCCCUGAAAAAGAAAAUCAAGCCGUCCUGGGAAAAGCUGAAGUGGGUCCUGAAGGGGCUGUGUUAGGAAGAGAGCAACUCGAAGGACCCCUUAUUCGGAAACCUGGAAGAACUCUCCAAAGAACUUUUUCCGAUCUCCUACCAGCCCCUUUCUGCAAACUCACUGUAUGGGGUCCUUGAUGACCAAUCGGGGGUCCUAUUUAUACCCCAUGUUCUGAAAGAUCCUGAAAGAACUCCUAGCAGAGCCAGAAAACUUUUUCUCAAACUUCUACUAGCCGCUUUCUGCAAACUCACUGUAGGGGGUCCUUGUUGCCCAAUUAGGGGUCCUAUUUAGAGCGCAGAAGGGGGCUCUUUGGUAUACCCUACGUAGGGGGUUUUUUCUCCCUUUAGGAUCCACUCCAGCUUUUCCCAAAAGCUCAAAAAACCUUAUUCGCGAAUUUUUAGGCCAUUUUGUUUAUUGAGCUUCUGGCUUUGACAAAAUCUAGAACCUUCUCAUGGUUUCGAAUCGAAAAUCAGAUUGGUUAUUCCAAUGACUAAGAAUUCUUACUGGUUGAAGAUUCUCAGAAAUUUAACUUCCUACUGGUUUCUCAAUACCUAAACCCCCUACCACUAGGCCACAAAUUUAUGCAAUUUUUUUUCAGUCCCAUCAACCCCUUCAUCGAUGCCAGAGUCGGAAAGAUCAUCUACACGGUCCGUUGAACGAAAAGAGAGCUUCUACCGCACUCAGAAGCUUAUCAAUCGUAUCAAUCAAGAAAUCUGGCACUCGAAGGUCCGAAUACAUUUCUUGAAAAAAUACGUUUUUCGAGCUUCAGGUGGCUCCGAAGACGCCCGAAGAACUGUGUGGCAAACCGGCACUGAAGCACAAUAUUGCGCUGGGGCGCACUUUGUCCUCCCAGUGA